CAGCCGUUUCAGACCAGCUUGGCUUCAACCACUGACCCCGAUAAGAAGCAGAUGUUGGAGAGGAUGGACGUCGCCGUCACCGCCGCCCUGCAGCCUCUGCAGGCGGCGAUGGACGGCAAAGCUGCAGAUGAGGUGGUGCGACCUCUGGCCCAGGUGAGUCUACAGAGAAGAUUCUUCUCAUGAUCUCGGCCCCACGGCCUCCUGAGCUCCUUUUUUUGAUCUGCCACCAUGUUUGGCGUCUCACCUGUCACCUCUGACUCACCUCUGACUCACCUCUGACUCACCUCUGACUCACCUCUGACUCACCUCUCUCCCUCACCUCUCUCCCUCACCUCUCUCCCUCACCUGUGUGCCUCACCUGUCCGGUCUCCAGGUUCUGAUGGAGAGCUCCAAAGACCUUCUGGCUGACUGGUUGGACAAACAGUUUGGAAGUGAAGUGACGGAGAACUCCAUCUUCUCCAUCCUGCCCAAAUUCUGGGAGGCCGAGUUCCACAAAGACAUGGAGGCUCUGAAUGUAAGAGUCCGGACCGGUCCGGUUUAGAUCCACUCAUGUUAGUUUCUGCUCACAGUUCUGAUCUGGAUCAGACCGGUCCCCCUGACCCUGAUUAGUGUUGUUUAAUAUAAAUAUCUCAGUGUGGGAACCGGUCCAGAACCGAAAACAGCGCCGCAGACCAGUUCUCAUGUUUUUGGGUCCAGGUUGAGUUCCAGGACUUGGAUCCAGUCUUUCUCUCCACUCGUGUUUUUGUGUCCUCCAGGUUCUUCCUGCAGAUGUUCUGACCCGGGUCAGCGAAUACGUCCCUGAGAUCGUGGAGUUUGUGGAGAAGGUCGUCUCCAACGGUUACGGGUGAGAAUCCAACACCGUAAAUCCUCUGUGUGUGUGUGUGUGUGUGUGUGUGUGUGUGUGCGUGUCUGUGUGUGUGUGUGUGUGUGUGUGUGUGUGUGUGUGUGUGUGUGUGUGUGCACGUGUGUGUGUGUGUGUGUGUCUGUGUGUGUGUGUGUGUGUCUGUGUGUGUGUGUGUGUGUCUGUGUGUAUGUGUAUGUGUGUCUGUGUGUGUGUGUGUGUCUUUGUGUGUGUGUGUGUGUGUGUGUGUAUGUGUGUGUGUGUAUGUGUCUGUGUGUGUGUGUGUGUGUGUGUGUGUGUGUGUGUGUGUGUGUAUGUGUAUGUGUGUAUGUGUGUGUGUGUGUGUGUGUGUGUGUCUGUGUGUCUUUGUGUGUGUGUCUGUGUGUGUGUGUGUGUGUGUGUGUGUGUGUGUGUGUGUGUCUGUGUGUGUCUGUGUGUGUGUCUUUGUGUGUGUGUCUGUGUGUGUGUCUGUGUGUCUGUGUGUCUGUGUGUGUGUCUGUGUGUGUGUCUCUGUGUGUGUGUGUCUGUGUGUGUCUGUGUGUGUGUCUUUGUGUGUGUGUCUGUGUCUGUGUGUGUGUGUGUGUCUGUGUGUGUGUCUUUGUGUGUGUGUCUGUGUGUGUGUGUCUGUGUGUGUCUGUGUGUGUGUCUGUGUGUGUGUCUUUGUGUGUGUGUCUGUGUGUGUGUGUGUGUGUGUGUGUGUCUUUGUGUGUGUGUCUGUGUGUGUGUGUGUGUGUGUGUGUGUGUGUGUGUGUGUGUGUGUGUGUGUGUCUGUGUGUGUGUGUGUGUGUGUUUGUGUGUGUAUGUGUGUGUGUCUUUGUGUGUGUCUUUGUGUGUGUCUUUGUGUGUGUCUUUGUGUGUGUCUUUGUGUGUGUCUUUGUGUUUUCAGGUUGAAACUGAAUUUUAAAAAGUUUUUUUUUUCUCUAAAACUAUUAAAAAAAAAAAAAAAUCAGUGUUAAAGGUCCUGAAGGUCCUAAUGGUCCUGAGGGUCCAAACGGUCCUGAAGGUCCUGAGGGUCCUGAAGGUCCAAACGGUCCUGAGGGUCCUAAAGGUCCUGAGGGUCCUGAAGGUCCAAACGGUCCUUAAGGUCCUGAAGGUCCAAACGGUCCUGAGAAUCCUGAAGGUCCUGAGGGUCCUGAAGGUCCAAACGGUCUUUAAGGUCCUGAAGGUCCAAACGGUCCUGAAGGUCCAAACGGUCCUGAGGGUCCUGAAGGUCCAAACGGUCCUGAAGGUCCGAAGGUCCAAACUGUCCUGAGGGUCCUGAAGGUCCUGAGGGUCCUUAAGGUCCAAACGGUCCUGAAGGCCCUGAAGGUCCUGAAGGUCCUGAAGGUCCUGAGGGUCCUGAAGGUCCAAACGGUCCUUAAGGUCCUGAAGGUCCAAACGGUCCUGAGGGUCCUGAAGGUCCUGAAGGUCCUGAAGGUCCUGAGGGUCCUGAAGGUCCGAAGGUCACUUUGGAUUUCCUCGUGUUUUCAGGUACGAAUCAAACGCCUCCGUGUACUUCGACACCGCCAAGUUUGACUCCAGUCCGCAGCACUCUUACGCCAAACUGGUCCCAGAGGCCGUGGGAGACCAGAAGGCCCUACAGGAAGGAGAAGGUGGGUUCCCCGGUUCUGAUUCUGACGAUGACACUGAUGGUCUCGGAUAUGUUCACUUUCAUGGACAAACAGUUUCUGUUCGUCCAUCGUGGCGUUCUCUCCCCCCCCCCUCCGUCUCCUAGGCGACCUGAGCGUCUCCGCUGACAGACUGAGUGAGAAGAAGUCGCCGAACGACUUCGCCCUCUGGAAGGCGUCCAAACCCGGAGAACCGUCGUGGGACUCGCCGUGGGGGAAGGUGAGAGAGCGCCGGUCCUGUCCGAGUCUGAGGUCCAACUUUCUGAAGUUCCUUCAACCAGAACCAGAGUCUGAGAAGAAGCAGAACUGUUUUAGAGAUGAUUGAUUGAUGCGGUUCUGAUCGGUUCUGGUUCCUCCCUGUGUUGUAACAGGGUCGGCCCGGCUGGCACAUUGAAUGUUCUGCGAUGGCCGGGUCCAUCUUAGGAGAGUCCAUGGACAUCCACGGAGGAGGGUUCGACCUCCGGUUCCCUCACCACGACAACGAGCUGGCCCAGUCCGAGGUAAAGAACCAGAACUUUGGCCUCUUCGUUCUUUAGGAGAAUAGUUCUUCUUACGGUUCUGUUUCUUCUUCUUUCUUCUCAGGCGUUCUUCCAGAACGAUCACUGGGUCCGAUACUUCCUGCACACGGGUCACCUGACCAUCGCCGGCUGUAAGAUGUCCAAAUCUCUGAAGAACUUCAUCACCAUCAAAGACGCUCUGGCCAAGAACACAGGUGGGUCUCCUCUGGUUCUGUUGGACACAGGAUGGAUCCAUCUGUCUUCAGACGUGAGAGUCGGUCUGACGAGACGGAAAAGGACCUCAGAACCUCUUAAGGUGUUCCCACCAUAUUGAGGUCCAAAGUUCUGAUAGAGGAACAACCAAACAGGUCCAAAGUUGUCCUGACUUGUCCCCCAUUGAAAACAUUUGGACCAUCAGGACCCCAAAACCAGGACCAAGGAGACCCUGAACAGUUGAGAGCCUCUUUCAGGGACCGGAUUUGACUGUCAGAGUCCAGAACCUGGUUUGCUGGGUUCUGUUAGAUCUUAGAGAACCUGGUCUGCUGGGUUCUCUAAGGUCUACAGAACCUGGUCUGCUGGGUUCACUAAGGUCCACUGUAGAGCUGAGGAUCAUGAACCUGGAUCUUCAGAUCUGAACUCGUUUCUUCUUCGUCUGUUUGGUUUUAAAUCUGAAUCGGACCUUCUUCUUCUUCUUCUCAGACUCAGUUUUUGACGUAAACUCCGAUCUUCUUUAACGUGUUUUUUUUCGUCGUUUUCUCGUCCUGCAGCUCGGCAGCUUCGUCUCGCUUUCUUGAUGCAUUCCUGGAAAGACACGCUGGACUAUUCCUCCAACACCAUGGAGUCAGCGGUCCAGUAUGAGAAGUUCAUGAACGUGGGUGUCAGACGGAGGAUCCUUACAAAGCUGAAGGUUUCUUCUUCUUCUUCUUCUUCUUCUUCUCCUUUAACCGUCUCUUCUGUCUUCAAAGGAGUUCUUCUUGAACGUCAAAGACAUCCUGCGAACUCCCACCGACAUCACCGGGCAGUUUGAGAAGUGGGAGGCAGCAGAGAUGGAGCUGAACCACAGGUGAGAGUUUCCAGGUGUCCUUCUUCUCAGACUGUCGUUUAGGAAACAUCUGAGGAGGUACAGAAAAAUCCUCUGAGCAGGUAAGAUCGUCACCUUUUCACUCCGGCGUGUUUUUGUCCAGUUUCUACGACAGAAAGGCCGCCGUCCACGAGGCUCUGUGCGAUAACGUGGACACUCGCACGGCCAUGGAGGAGAUGAGACUCCUGGUCGGUCAGAGUAACAGUUACAUCGCCAACAGGAAGAGCGCCAAGCUGAGACCCAACCGCCUGCUGGUGGAGAGCGUCGCCGUGUAUCUGACCAACAUGCUGAAGGUGAUGAAGCGGGAUGAAGAAGUCAGGAAGGCUAACAGAUAAAGAAGGCCUCAGUGUUUUUAUCAGUAUUAUUUUUACGAUGAUGAACUUCCAGGAAGUCGAAUUCAGGAAAUGUUUGUCGGUCUGUUUUUGGACGUGCUCAUAAAAACCCGAACAUUCGAAAACUCCGAGUUUCUCUCAGCAGCAGGUUUGAGGGAACGCUCCUGUUAGUCCUACGUCAGUUUAAAUCCACGCCCAUAUAAGGAGGUCAGGAGAUCUGCUUCCUGUCAGCUGAUGAGAAAGAGAAUAAAACUCAAAUUAGAAUAAAUCAGAAACAACAAAAGUGCAAAACAUGAAAAAUAAAGUUUUUUACAAAGUGAAGAAAGUUUAAGAAUAAAGUUCAGAGAAGAGGAGGUCGUCUGUUCUAUAUCAUUCGACUUUAGGAGAGUAUACGCAGUAUUUAUAUACGCAGUAUCUAUAUACACAGUAUCUAUAUACACAGUAUCUAUAUACGCAGUAUCUAUAUACGCAGUAUCUAUAUACGGAGUAUCUAUAUACACAGUAUUUAUAUACGCAGUAUCUAUAUACGCAGUAUCUAUAUACGCAGUAUCUAUAUACGCAGUAUUUAUAUACACAGUAUCUAUAUACACAGUAUCUAUAUACGCAGUAUCUAUAUACGCAGUAUCUAUAUACGCAGUAUCUAUAUACGCAGGAUCUAUAUACACAGUAUCUGUAUACGCAGUAUUUAUAUACAGGUACACAGAGUAUUAAACAGUUAUUUUCAGUCUCCGGUUAUUGACGUCUGAUCGGUUCACAGUCAUAUUAUAUUUUUUUUGUAAUAAAAGGUUUUUAUAAAUAAAGUUUAGUUUGAUUUUUUUCAGGUUAAUGUGGUUCAAUAAGGUGGAGAUGUUUAGUUUAGAUCCAGGUUUGAAGUCAGACCUGCCACCCAAAGGUUCCUGGUCCCGGGUUCAGGUUCCUGGUCCCGGGUUCAGGUUCCUGGUCCUGGGGUCAGGUUCCUGAAGUUAAGAUCUGGGUCGGCUGCCCCUGGACCCUGAUCUGAGUCUUCUGUGGGUUUUAUUUUCAGGUAUUUGGGUCCAUCGAAGAAUCUGAAUCCAUCGGUUUCCCAGUCGGAGGACAAAGAGGACAAAACGUCGACGUGAGUCAAAAUCAACCAACUUAUUUUUUUCUGUUUUUAAUAAAAUUAAAAAACUUUUCUGAAGUCAGAAAUCUACAGGAAGUGUAACGAGUGAGUUCGAUAUUCUUUAAAUAUUCUUGUAGUGAACGUGAAGGUCCAGAAGAUUUUCUUUAGUUUUUUAAACAAACAAUAAAAUAAAAUAAAUCCACAUUCUUCUUCUUCUUCUUCUUCUUCUUCUUCUUCUUCUUCUUCUUCUUCUUCUUCUUCUUCUUCUCCUCCUUCAGCUGGAGAACACCGUCAUGCCGUACCUCACCGUUCUCUCAGAGUUCAGAGAAAACGUCCGAAAAAUCGCCCGAGAGCAGAAAGGUGAGAAGAAAGACGAACUCUGAUGUUUUCAAUGUUUUCACGAUUCUGAGUCCUGGUCCAGACUCUGAGUCCAGACUCUGAGUCCUGGUCCAGACUCUGAGUCCUGGUCCAGUCUCUGAGUCCUGGUCCAGACUCUGAGUCCUGGUCCAGUCUUUGGGUCCUGGUCCAGUCUCUGAGUCCUGGUCCAGUCUCUGGGUCCUGGUCCAGACUCUGAGUCCUGGUCCAGUCUUUGGGUCCUGGUACAGUCUCUGAGUCCUGGUCCAGACUCUGAGUCCUGGUCCAGUCUUUGGGUCCUGGUCCAGUCUUUGGGUCCUGGUCCAGACUCUGAGUCCUGGUCCAGUCUCUGAGUCCUGGUCCAGUCUUUGGGUCCUGGUCCAGUCUUUGGGUCCUGGUCCAGACUCUGAGUCCUGGUCCAGUCUCUGAGUCCUGGUCCAGACUCUGAGUCCUGGUCCAGUCUCUGAGUCCUGGUCCAGUCUCUGAGUCCUGGUCCAGUCUUUGGGUCCUGGUCCAGUCUCUGAGUCCUGGUCCAGACUCUGAGUCCUGGUCCAGUCUCUGAGUCCUGGUCCAGACUCUGGUCCAGACUCUGAGUCCUGGUCCAGACUCUGGUCCAGACUCUGAGUCCUGGUCCAGACUCUGAGUCCUGGUCCAGACUCUGGUCCAGUCUUUGGGUCCUGGUCCAGUCUCUGAGUCCUGGUCCAGACUCUGAGUCCUGGUCAAGUCUUUGGGUCCUGGUCCAGUCUUUGGGUCCUGGUCCAGUCUCUGAGUCCUGGUCCAGACUCUGAGUCCUGGUCCAGUCUUUGGGUCCUGGUCCAGUCUUUGGGUCCUGGUCCAGUCUCUGAGUCCUGGUCCAGUCUUUGGGUCCUGGUCCAGACUCUGAGUCCUGGUCCAGUCUCUGAGUCCUGGUCCAGACUCUGAGUCCUGGUCCAGACUCUGGUCCAGACUCUGAGUCCUGGUCCAGUCUUUGGGUCCUGGUCCAGUCUUUGGGUCCUGGUCCAGUCUCUGAGUCCUGGUCCAGUCUCUGGGUCCUGGUCCAGACUCUGAGUCCUGGUCCAGUCUUUGGGUCCUGGUCCAGACUCUGAGUCCUGGUCCAGACUCUGAGUCCUGGUCCAGUCUUUGGGUCCUGGACCAGUCUCUGGGUCCUGGUCCAGACUCUGAGUCCUGGUCCAGUCUCUGAGUCCUGGUCCAGACUCUGGUCCAGUCUCUGAGUCCUGGUCCAGUCUCUGGGUCCUGGUCCAGUCUCUGAGUCCUGGUCCAGUCUCUGAGUCCUGGUCCAGUCUCUGGUCCAGACUCUGAGUCCUGGUCCAGUCUCUGAGUCCUGGUCCAGUCUCUGAGUCCUGGUCCAGACUCUGGUCCAGACUCUGAGUCCUGGUCCAGUCUUUGGGUCCUGGUCCAGUCUCUGAGUCCUGGUCCAGUCUCUGAGUCCUGGUCCAGUCUUUGGGUCCUGGUCCAGUCUCUGAGUCCUGGUCCAGUCUCUGAGUCCUGGUCCAGACUCUGGUCCAGUCUUUGGGUCCUGGUCCAGUCUCUGAGUCCUGGUCCAGUCUCUGAGUCCUGGUCCAGACUCUGGUCCAGUCUCUGAGUCCUGGUCCAGUCUUUGGGUCCUGGUCCAGUCUCUGAGUCCUGGUCCAGUCUCUGGGUCCUGGUCCAGACUCUGGUCCAGUCUCUGAGUCCUGGUCCAGUCUCUGAGUCCUGGUCCAGACUCUGAGUCCUGGUCCAGUCUCUGGGUCCUGGUCCAGACUCUGAGUCCUGGUCCAGUCUCUGGGUCCUGGUCCAGACUCUGGUCCAGUCUCUGAGUCCUGGUCCAGUCUCUGAGUCCUGGUCCAGUCUCUGAGUCCUGGUCCAGACUCUGGUCCAGUCUCUGAGUCCUGGUCCAGACUCUGAGUCCUGGUCCAGUCUCUGAGUCCUGGUCCAGACUCUGGUCCAGUCUCUGAGUCCUGGUCCAGUCUCUGAGUCCUGGUCCAAAACCCGUUCCUCUUGUCUUCCAGUGACCCCGUUGCUGCAGCUCUGUGACUCGGUCCGUGACGACACGUUACCAGAACUUGGAGUCCGACUGGAGGACCAUGAAGGUAAGAGUUAAAGUCAGUACCCUGAGUGUCCACAGCGGGGCGCUGUGAAGGUUGGACCUUAACCACGUGUCUGCCCCCGUACAUGUGGCUCUGUUGAACUGAUGGUGGCGCUGUGGAGCCUUUUUUUAAACUAAACUAAAUCUGAACGUUGUUUACGAAAAAAAAACAGAGCGGCGUUCUCGCUCUGACGAGGGUUCGACUAAAUCUGCGGCUCUGUGUUCAGGUCUCCCUACGGUGGUGAAGCUGGUGGACAAGGAGACGUUACUGAAGGAGAGAGAGGAGAAGAAGAAGGUGAGGAGGAAACACGAAAAUCAAUCAAUCAAUCAAUUUUUAUUGAUCUGUCACCAAAUCUCAACAAUCCAGAAGAUCAGGUCCAGACCAGACUCUCAGAUUACCAAAGGUCCAGAUCUGACCCGCCUGAAACCGGGAGGAGCGAAGAACAGAAUUUAUGAAGUUAGGGAGGAGGAGAAAGAGGAAGAAGGAGGAGGAGGAGGAGAAGGAGAGAGGAGGAGGAGAAAAUGAAGAAGGAGGAAGAGGAGGAGAAGGAGAAGAAGAGACAAGAACUUCCUUCAACAGGCAGAAACCUUCAGCAGGACCAGACACGAGUUUCCCUCUGUGGAUUUUUCGGUUCUGGUCCAGUUUGAAGUUUGACUAACAGAAUCUUGAUUCUGCUGAACGAUCAGUUCUGAGACCCGAUCACAUGAUUGAUUUAUUGGUCUGCUCCCUGUCUGUGAUCAAUAACGGGUCAGGUCCAGAGAAAAAGAGUCCGGUAAGGAGACUCGGGUUCGGGUUUCUUCUCUGAGGUUCUGUGUGGAUUUUUUUCUGCAGAUGGAGGAAGAGAAGAAGAAGAAGAAGGAAGAGGCCGCCAAGAAGAAACAAGAACAAGAGGUUUCCCAUAAUUCAUCACUUCUGUCGUUCUUCUUCUCUGAUCAAAUCGUCAUCUUCACGUUUUUUUGAUCUGUUUCUGCUCUAGAUGGCCAAACUCGCCAAGAUGAAGAUCUCUCCAUCGGAAAUGUUUCGUACGGAGACGGACAAGUUCUCCCAGUUUGACGAGACGGUAAAUCUUCUGUUUCCUGAAACUGUCCAUUUGGAUAAACGUCCAAAAACAAACGAGCAGUUUUUACUUUUUUAAAAGUUACGAAUCCGAGAAAGAGACCGAGGAGGAAAAGAGUCUGUGGUCCCUGUUCUGUGGAGGACUUCAUCUGGACCUCCACAGUCCACAGUCCCACCAUGUUCAGUAGACAGAGAGAAGCUUGAGUGACCACCAUGAAGUUUAUAACACUACUGAAUAAUUUAAAAAUGGAGUUUUGACUACUGAGAAUGUCCGGAUUCUUAAUUUACUUUGACUGCAGGAGGUCCCAGGCCUUUAAAUAAAACAGGCCUUUAUAUGAAACAGGCCCUUUAUAUGAAGCAGGCUCUUUAUAUGAAACAGGCCCUUUAUAUGAAACAGGCCCUUUAUAUGAAACAGGCCUUUAUAUGAAACAGGCCUUUAUAUAAAACAGGCCUUUAUAUGAAACAGGCCUUUAUAUGAAACAGGCUCUUUACAUGAAACAGGCCUUUAUAUGAAACAGGCCCUUUAUAUGAAACAGGCCCUUUAUAUGAAACAGACCUUAAUAUGAAACAGGCCUUUAUAUGAAACAGGCUCUUUAUAUAAAACAGGCUCUUUAUAUGAAACAGGCUCUUUAUAUGAAACAGGCCCUUUAUAUGAAACAGGCCCUUUAUAUGAAACAGGCCCUUUAUAUGAAACAGACCUAAAUAUGAAACAGGCCUUUAUAUAAAACAGGCCUUUAUAUGAAACAGGCCUUUAUAUGAAACAGACCUAAAUAUGAAACAGGCCUUUAUAUGAAACAGGCCUUUAUAUAAAACAGGCCUUUAUAUGAAACAGACUGUUUAUAUAAAACAGGCCUUUAUAUAAAACAGCCCUUUAUAUGAAACAGGCCUUUAUAUAAAACAGGCCUUUAUAUGAAACAGACCGUUUAUAUGAAACAGGCCCUUUAUAUGAAACAGACCUUUAUAUAAAACAGGCCUUUAUAUGAAACAGACCUUUAUAUAAAACAGCCCUUUAUAUGAAACAGGCCUUUAUAUAAAACAGCCCUUUAUAUGAAACAGACCGUUUAUAUGAAACAGGCCCUUUAUAUGAAACAGACCUUUAUAUAAAACAGGCCUUUAUAUGAAACAGACCGUUUAUAUGAAACAGGCCCUUUAUAUGAAACAGGUCUUUAAAUGAAACAGGCCUUUAUAUGAAACAGCCCUUUAUAUGAAACAGACUGUUUAUAUGAAACAGGCCUUUAUAUAAAACAGGCCUUUAUAUGAAACAGGCCUUUAUAUAAAACAGGCCUUUAUAUAAAACAGCCCUUUAUAUAAAACAGGCCUUUAUAUGAAACAGACUGUUUAUAUAAAACAGGCCUUUAUAUGAAACAGCCCUUUAUAUGAAACAGACCGUUUAUAUGAAACAGGCCCUUUAUAUGAAACAGACCUUUAUAUAAAACAGGCCUUUAUAUGAAACAGACCGUUUAUAUGAAACAGGCCCUUUAUAUGAAACAGGCCUUUAUAUGAAACAGCCCUUUAUAUAAAACAAUCCUUUAUAUGAAACAGACCUUUAUAUAAAACAGGCCUUUAUAUGUAACAGCCCUUUAUAUAAAACAGGCCUUUAUAUGAAACAGACCUUUAUAUGAAACAGACCUUUAUAUAAAACAGGCCCUUUAUAUAAAACAGGCCUUUAUAUGAAACAGGCCUUUAUAUAAAACAGGCCUUUAUAUGAAACAGACCUUUAUAUGAAACAGGCCUUUAUAUGAAACAGACCCUUUAUAUAAAACAGGCCUUUAUAUGAAACAGACCUUUAUAUGAAACAGGCCCUUUAUAUAAAAUAGGCUUUUAUAUGAAACAGGCCUUUAUAUGAAACAGGACAGUUUUCAGUUUUAAGCCCUAGAUGCUGUGAAACGAAAAUGUUCUUGUUCAGAGCAGAAAUAGUGUCUUUCUUUCUGAUGUUGUGUUCAGGGUUUCCCGACUCAUGACGCUGAAGGAAAAGAGCUCAGCAAAGGUCAAGCCAAGAAACUUCGGAAACUCUACGAGGCCCAGGAAAAACUGCACAACGAGUUUCUGCAGAUGAACCAAAAUGGAAACUGAUGAAACUGACGACGUUCACAGACUGUCGAAGAAGUCCUCAGCUCUGCGUCCGGAAAAAAGAAAAAAAAAACUCAGUGAUUUUUUUUUUUAUAGUGAAGAAUGACGGUUCAGAUCCAGAGCUGGAUCCCCUGAAGUCCCACAAAGAUAAUUCUGAGUUUGUUAGUCGGUUACUUUGGUCUGAAAAUGUAAAUCUGUUUUAUAUGCAAUAAAAACAACAAAAUUCUGAAAAAUUAAAAUCACUUCAUAACAAACUAGAGCUGCUGAUACCAACACAUCUGCAUCUCCACAGAUGAAGCAGUUUGUGGACCCAGAGGUUCUGCAGAACCUCAGCCUGGUCUGAUUGAUGGGGAGGCGGCAGCAGAAAGACGUGGUUUCGAAGCUGUCAAAAACUCAAACCUCACUCUGUGUUUUUCUCUCAUUUCCUCUGAAAACAGUCGUUCCUCCUGAUCAUCGAGUCUGCAGAUAAUUCUCAUAUAACAAAAAGAAGGACAGGACUGAUUUGAAAAUUAUAAAUCUGGUUUAUUUACAUUAAAUCCUGUUCCAAGAAAAUGCAGACACACAGUCAGUCAGUAAAUCAGUCAGACGGACAGUCAGUAAAUCAGUCAGUCAGUCAGUGAAUCAGUCAGUCAGUAAAUCAGUCAAUCAGUAAAUCGGUCAGUCAGUAACUCAGUCAGUCAGGGUUAUAGCUACUGUAACAUUUAUAAGGGUGACUGUUUUGAUUUCUGUCCCGUUAUCCUCGGGCCGAGCCUCAGCGAUUCUUCUUAAAGGAAACUUGUGAAUAAAUGUUUUUGUGUCGGUGUGAAACCUUUUCUUUGAUUUCAGCUCGAAACCUUCUCAGCAUGAAACCUUCGUGCUAAAACCAUAGACUGUAUACACUAUAGACUGUAUACACUAUAGACUGUAUGUAUAUGUGUGCAUAUUCUUUAUUCAGUCUAUGGCUACAACAGAAAAACUUUUCAAAAUAAGAGUCUGUCAUUUCAUUCUUACAGUUUUUGUGUAGCCUUCGAGAUCUUUGUUUCUUCUAAUGUUAUACUGAAUUAGGGCCACUGAGAUGAAACGGAGGUUUAUUUAUUUAUUUAUUUUAAAAAUUUGGACGUAAAUUUCAGAGUUAUGAGAAAAUAUCACCAUUACUGUUUUUUUUUUUAUUUUAUUCUGACUUGUUUUCUGAAAUUCUCUCAUUUUUCUCAGAAUUAUGCCAGGAAACAGUUCAGACCUGAAAAAAGAUGUUGUGGUCCUGCAUCUGGAGUGAAAAACAGAGAUCAUCAUUUUAUCAGUUUAUAAAAUCCAGUCAUUGUCUGAAUUAUCGACAUUUUCUCAUCAUAGAGACAAUAAUGAGUCAUAUGAAGGUACGGAAACUCCACGAGGACAAAACACACAAAGAACUACAGGAACACAGUUUAUUGUCUUUGGGAUCCAAUUUAAAAGGAAGGAACCAUAGACUGUAAAUACCACGUUUAUAUAUCUAUAUAGAUAUAGAGAUUGAUAUAUAUAGACUGUAUAUACUAUACUUCUAUAUACAGUCGAUGGAAGGAACCAGGUUAAAGUAGAAAUGAGUCAAAAAAAGAUUUAUCUCUAAAUGAGGAACACAAAUUUAAUUUAAUUAAUUAAUUUUCAAUCAAUAACUGUGAUUUUUGAAAUAUGAAGUGAUUAUUUGACAGUAUUACUGCACGUCCCCAAUAAAUGCUUCAUAAACUAUGAGAAGAAAA